CUCACAGCUAAUUAGUUCAGCUCUUGACAAAGGUGGGCCAGCCACAGAAGGGAACCCCCGAGGCAGGCUUAACAGAACUACACACACUCUGCAGCUCCAAGGGGAGUAGCUCACUCCAGUGGUCUCCAAAUCAGAGCUGGGGUCCGUAGCACAGUCGUUCUCCACUCCAGAGCAUGCGAGAGGGCUUGGAGAGAGUGAGAAAGUUACUGCAGGACAUUUGGAGAGAAGUUUGUGAGAGAUGACUUCCAUUCCAGACUCGGAUGAUGACAAAGCCUUCAAAGACUUGAAUGUUGUAGGGAUGCUGCAUCAGUUCUGGGAGCAGAAGCAGGUAAAAGGAGCCAUGGUUGAAACCGAAAAUCUGGUGGUGUAUGAAUCCAUUCCCUCACCUGGCCCUCCAUUCAUCUGCUACGUAACCCUACCAGGAGGGAGCUGCUUCGGCAAUUUUAAGUACUGUUAUACGAAGGCAGACGCUAGACGAGAUGCGGCUCGUGUCGCUCUGAUGAACUCUACAUUUAACGAGUUGCCCUGCCGACGUAUCACCCCAGACUUCAUCGCCCGCAGUGUAGAAGAAGCCGUUAUCACUACCAGCGGCAACAUGGAGGAUGCUUCAGACCCUGGCACCAGUAUAGGAGCGUACUGCCUCAUGCUGCAGUCUAACACUGGCAAAACCAUGCUGGAGUUUCAGGAAAUAAUGACAGUGUUUCAGCUGCUGCACUGGAACGGAACGCUGAAGGCUUUUCGGGAGAGGAGAUGUAGCCGACAGGAGGUGAUCAGCUACUACUCGCAGCAGCGACUGGACGAGUGCAUGAGGAGUCACAUGGCGCUGGACUGGCUUCAGAGGGAGCGGCAGAGACCCGGCCUGCUGUCUCAAGAGCUGCAGCUGGCCUUCAGGGAGCUGGCUGAGGCUCGGCAGGCUGGCCGGGAGCUUCGCUUCUACAAGGAGAAGAAGGAGAUCUUGAGCCUGGCUCUCAGUCAGGCCAGCCCUGAGGAGCUGGAGGAGGAGGCCUGGAGGGGGCUGGAGUACCUGACCCAUGGAGGUCUCUGUAUGGAGGGCAGCAUGGUGGACCCAACAGAACACUGUCAGUUUUAUUAUCAAGAGAGCGGCAGUGACCUAGAGUCUCUGGGAUGAAGUGUGGGACACGGUUUAAAAAUUUAAAACGAACAGCCUUUUUUUUUCUUUUUUUUUUUUGCAUUUUUCUUCAACUUUACAAAGCUUACUGUGAAAUGAUGGAAAUGUUUGUGCCUAAAUAGGUUCCACUGUAGAAAAUAUCUAUUCUAUUAUCUAUUCUAGGGUUUCAAAUGGCAUCACAAUAUACAUACAGCUCUGGAAAAAAAAGAGACCACUUCAGUUUCUUUAAGAGAGUUAUUGAAUCAGUUUCUCUGAUAUUUCUCUGUUAUUUAUAGGUAUAUGUUUGAGUAAAAUGAACAUUUUACUUUUUGAACGUUUUAUUCCAUAAUCUGCAGACAACAUUUCUCCCAAAUUCUCUCCCAAAUAAAAUAUUGUCAUUUAGAGCAUUUAGUUGCAGGAAUUUAGCAAUGGCUGAAAUAACAACAACAAAAAGAUGCAGAGCUUUCAGACCUCAAAUAAUGCAAAGAAAAAGCAAAGUCCAUAUUCAUAAAGUUUUAAGAGUUCAAAAAUCAAUAUUUGGUGGAAUAACCCUGCUUUUUUAUCCCAGUUUUUGUAUGCAUCUUUACAUGUUCUCUUCCACCAGUCUUACACACUGCUUUUGGAUAACUUUAUGCCAUUAGUCCUGGUGCAAAAAUUUAAGCAGUUCAGCUUGGUUUGAUGGCUCCAUCUUCCUCUUGAUCAUAAUCCAGAGGUUUUUAAAAUCAUUUAAGUAAAAUCAAAGAAACUCUUAAUUUUUAUAUAUUCAUAUUAAUUUAUAUAUAUAUAUAUAUAUGUAUAUAUAAUAUUUUUUUACAGGAGCUUUAUAUUUACAGUUUCGUUGACCAAAUCAGUGAUUAACAGACUACAAAUGAGUGCCCUUUCCAUGAGCAGAUUUAUUGGACUUAUUCAUGGCAGUCAGCUUUCAAUUGCAGCUUUUAAUCCCAAUGUCUGUUUUUCAUUGCUUGUCUAGAAUAUCUUCUAGAUAGAUGUUUGUGUAAGAUGGCUUAGAUAUCUAGCUAACAAACUAAUUACUUUACUGCAUUAUUUCCACCAGUAUAAAACACAUAUGACAAAUAGUUGUAACAAAAUGCUGAUUUGCUGUUUGUAAGUUUAUGUAUAAUUUAUGUACUGAUGGAAUGGGUGCUAAUGUGUUAGCUAGGCAGCUAGCUAGGUAGUUCUGUUGAAUUGUGUUGCCAUGAAAACAUUAAAAACUCUGAGUGUGUGAAUGCACAGAGCUGCCGAGCAGCACAAUUCGAUAAAUAGUAGGACAGGACAUCCCAGCCAUGCUAAGUUAGACUAAGCUAAUAUGGCUACAAUGUCCCAAAUCUGAUGUUUUUUGACUAGUCAGAAUGAUUAUUCAAGAUAUCUACAAACAAUGUUUUGGUACCUUUGGUUGACCGUUGGCAAACCCAGAAAUUGGGUCCCAAAUUUUUGGUGGGCACAACAAAUAAAAGUUAUUUGAGUGAAAUCCUAGAAUAGUAAUAGAAAACCAUACAAAUUCCAAAAAAAGUUGGGAGGCUGUGUUAAAUGUAAAUAAAUGUAAAUAAAAAAGUGCAGUGAUUCUUAAAUCUCAUAGACCUGCUAUUCACAAUAAAACAUACACUGCCUGGCCAAAAAACUUAAAAAAAUAAAAUAAAAUAAAUAAAACUAUUUAAAUAAGUAAAUGAUGUGGGGUUGGUUGAUGCUGCAGUUGGUCUGCAGGUUUAGGUUCAGCAACAGUAUGUGCUGAAAGAAAGAAGUCAGCUGACUGAAUACUGAAUAUACUAAAUCUAGACCAGGUUAUUCCAUCAAUGGAUUUUAUCUUCCCUGAUGGGCAUAUAUGGCCAUAUUCCAAGAUAACAGUUCCAGGAUUCACGGAGCUGGAAUUGUGAAAAAGUGGUUCAGGGAGCAUGAGAUCAUCAUUUUCACACGUUUUGGAUUGUUCUGUUCACUACAGAGUCCAGAUCUUAACCUCAUUGAGAAUCUUUGGGAUGUGCUGGGUGGAGAAGGCUUUGUGCAGCAGUGGGUCAGACUCUACCAUCAUCAAUGCCAAUCAAAGAUCUUGGUAAAAAAAUUAAUGCAACACUGGAUUGAAAUGCUAAAUCUUGUUACAUUGCAGAAGCUUACUGAAACAAUGUGACAGUGAAUGUGUGCCGCAAUCAGAGCUAAAGGCGGUCCAAUUAAAUAUUAGAGUGUGUAACCUUUUUUUUGGCCAGGCAGUGUAAAACACAUAUUAGAUGACACACAUUAGUUGACAGUGACUCAUUUAGAACUUGAUGGCAGCAGCACAAAGCAAAGCAGAUGAAAUAUGAGUCAUUUUCACAGGUGUUUUAACUGGGGAAAAGAGCGAUUAGAGAGGCAGAGUCUCUCAAAAUCAAAGAUUGGGACAAAGUGUCUUAAAAAGUGUCUAAAUUGUGAAGAAAAUAUUGUGAAGACUUUGAAUAUCCCUCCAUCAUAACUACAUUAAACAAAUCUGAGAAUCUAAAGAAAUACUCUGGAAUUGCACGAUCAAUGUUGAAUAGUUUUAGAAUGACAUAUGCUGAUAUUUGUUUUAGGGAAAGCCUUCACAACUGGCAUAUUUCACAAAUACAAAACAUUUGACACAACAUGAACUAAAAAAAUCCGGUACCACUUUAAAAUAAGACUACCUUUAUAAAGGGUUAUAAAUGGUUUACAAUUAGUUUAUUAAUGGUUACUAAUUACGUUGUAAACGCCUUAAAAAUCACUAAUAAUCAGUUAUAACACAUACGUAGAAAGGGCAACAAUAUAGAUGGCUGUGUGAUUUAGUUCACUAUUUGGCAAAAAACUGGUCAUUGUUGCCCUUUCUAUGUAUGUGUUUUAACUGAUUAUUAAUGAUUUUUAAGGCAUUUACAACCUAACUACUAACCAUUAAUAAACACGUUAUAGAGGUAGUCUUAUUUUAAAGUGGUACCAACAAUCCAAAUUCAAUUACAAUCAAUAUUUUUUAAAAUGUUCAAUCUGUUACUUUUUCUUGGCGUUCUUAGAAAGUGCUUAUUUAAUGUUUUUAAAUGUAACGUUGCUGCAACAUCAUUUGUGUUCAUUUUUUAAAAUUUAUUUUAACAUUCGUCAGCUGGGAAUGCCUUGUAAGAAACAUUCUAAUAACGUUGUGAUGGUACCCAUUAAUAUGUCACGCUCCUAAAACAAUCUUACAGGCUAAUUUUAUAUGUUCCUCUCCAAAAUCCCAUAUGUAAAUCUAUGAGAUUUGCAAUAAAUGGAAUUUCAUUUGAUUUAUUUAACUUUAUUUAGCAUCCUAACAUUUUUGAAGUUGUGGUUGUAGAAUAUUAAGCUACUAAUACAUUUAGGGACCUCUGGAGAACAAUGUGGAGGUCCCAGCGAGCUCUUUUGAAUGUACAGUAUAUGUUUUGUGUUUGUUUAGUUGGUUUUCUAAUAACUUGCUUUAUAUUCAGCGUAAAGAGUAUUUUUUUGAUUUACUGUGAGAUUUAAAGGGAAUUUGUUACUGGAUGCUGGAUAUGCAGAGUGAAUAUGAAUGUAAAUACGUUUUUUUUUUUUAUACCAGCCACAUGGUGGCACCAUUUCCUGUGAAAGCUCCCAAAUAUUGCAGCAUCUGCUGUUUCACUCCUGAGAUCUGUGGGUACACGCUUUUUCUUGUUGAACUGUGUGAAAAGAUAAUCUCAUGAGUUUCACAUACGCUUGUAAUAUUAUUGCCAAAAUAAGCCACUUAUUAACAGUAUUAACAAUUGAUUUUAGUUAUUGACAAGCUUAUAUACACAUACACAUACAGCAUAUACUUGUUUUCUAAUGUAUAUAGAGCCACAUUCUGCUUGUACAGCCCUUUUAUAUUUUAUAGAACAUUACUGAUACUGAUAGUCUGAUUUAGUAGAGCUUUGUUUCGUCAAUAUUUUGGCUUCAAUGGAAUAUAACAGGUUAACUCACUGAACUACAUUGUAACUGGGAAUAGAAUGCAUGAAUAUUUUAAUACAGUGACCUUGAUGCCU